UACCAUGAUAGGGUGGGAGGAUGUUUAUAAAGUGGUUGAGGCUAUGGUUCCAUUGUACAUGGCUCUUAUGAUGGGUUAUGGCUCAAUAAAAUGGUGGCGUCUCAUAACACCCGAGCAAUGCGACGCCAUCAACCGUCUCGUUUGCUACUUCACCCUCCCACUUUUCACGCUUGACUUCACCAUUCACGUUAACCCUUACAAGCUGAAUUAUCGCUUCUUAUAUGCCGACAUUAUUUCCAAAGUGGUUAUCUUGUUUGUGCUAGCCAUUUGGGCUAAGUUUAGUAGCAAGGGAAGUUAUUGUUGGUCCAUUACGAGUUUUUCUCUAUCGACUCUAACUAACGCGCUUGUUGUCGGUGUCCCCCUCAUGAGGGCCAUGUAUGGGAACCUCGGGGUUGACCUUGUUGUUCAAGCUUCCGUCAUUCAGGCCAUUGUUUGGCUCACGUUUCUUCUGUUUGUUCUCGAGUUUAGGAGAAGUGGGAACGAUAUGAUCGCUGCAGCCGUGGUUGUCGAGGAUUUGGAAGGUAAUGUUGCGAGUAGUAAGACUGCGGUUUCAGUGCCAUCGUCGAAGUUUUGUUCGUUGAUGAAAGUUGUGGGGCUAAAGUUGGCCGCAAAUCCAAACUCUUACGCUUGUAUUAUUGGAAUUGCAUGGGCUUUUGUCUCUAUUAGAUGGAACUUGAAGACUCCGGGUAUUGUGGAUGGAUCGAUAAAAAUAAUGUCUAAAGCUGGAACAGGGACUGCCAUGUUUAGUCUGGGUUUAUUCAUGGCUGUACAAGGAAAAGUAAUUGCUUGCGGUCCAAGUCUUACUAUUUUCGGGAUGGUUUUAAGGUUCAUUGCCGGACCAGCGGCUAUGGCCAUCGGAGCCAUAGCUGUAGGCUUGCAUGGAGAUGUUUUACGUGUUGCUAUCAUUCAGGCAGCACUUCCACAGUCUAUUACCUCUUUCAUAUAUGCUAAAGAAUAUGGAUUACAUGCAGAAGUCCUAAGCACUGCGUAA